CGUCGUGACCUUAUACUUCUGGUCUGUCGACGUAACAGUCUUUCACCUAUUCUUCCCCAUUUCCGAUCACUCGAGGACAUUGCUUUGUUCUAUACCCCCUGUACUGGGUUUCUAUAUCGUCAUCGGGUCUAAUAUUAAAACCAUCACUGUUCUGAAGUGAAUGAGGCAGCUGCUUUUCUACGCUAAGAAGGUCCAAGUUUGCAGCUGUUUGCAUCACCGAGCUUCACCUUUUAUCGGUAUUGCCAUUGAUUGAUCGACCAUUAUAACUCUCCUUCCUGCCUCUGCUACAUACACCCUCGCGAUCCCAUCUCUUACCCAUACCUGCCAAGGGUCUGCAGAUUCCUUCUAUCUAGCGCCUGUUUCUGCCUCGUCCUAAUCCGCUUGUCAUUGAUCGAUCCACCAUGGACACCGACGUGGUGGCUCAGUUUACUGAGAUCACCGGGUCAAACCCGGGGUUGGCCACUCAGUACCUGCAGCUGGCCGACUUCAACAUUGAGCAAGCCAUGCAGUUGUACUUUGAGAAUGGCGGCGCUCCGUUGACCGAGGAGGAAAGUCCUGCAGCAGCCCCGCACAGUCCCCCCCGCAAUACCGGAUUUCAGCAUGUGGACUCCGACGACGACGUCACGGUCGAUGAAUCCCGAUCGACCCCGCGGAACCAGCCCGCCCACGACACCGCAUUCGAGGACGAUGCUGCGAUGGCCCGUCGCCUCCAAGAAGAGAUGUAUGGUGCGCCAGGCCAUGAGAACCCCGACGAUGUGCGUGCGCCGAUGGCUCGCACGACGGAGACACUGGUGGGACCGGGGGCGGAUUAUGAUGAUGGCGAUAUGCCUACUAGUAUCAUGGGCCACCUGCGUGCGCACCAUCAACGGGCCGGACGACCGGGUAUCUUCAACCAGAGAGACACGUCAUCGAUAUGGAAUGAGGAGGACGAUGCAAGACACCGUGAAACUUUGUCCGCAGCGACAGGGGGCGCUUCGGACUCGUCGAACAAAUCUACAAUGUUGGCGGAGAUGUACCGACCACCAUUCGAGAUCAUCUCCCGCCUCCCGUGGGAUGUGGCUCGCGACGAGGGUCGCGAAAAGGAGAAGUGGUUGCUGGUCAACAUCCAAGAUUCCUCCAUUUUUGACUGCCAGGUGUUGAACCGCGACCUCUGGAAGGAUGCGGGGGUGAGAGACACGAUCCGAGAGCAUUUCCUCUUCUUGCAGUAUUCCAAGGACGACCCCCGAGCGGCUCCUUAUCUGCAGUACUACUUCCAAGGCAGCGACGUGUCAGACAAUUACCCCCAUAUUGCCAUCGUCGACCCGCGGACAGGCGAGCAGAUGAAGGUCUGGUCGGGGGCUCCGGUGGUCAAGACGGCCGAUUUUCUGAUGCAGCUCCACGAAUUCCUCGACCGCUACAGUUUGAACCACAAUGUGCGGAACCCGGUGGCGAAACGCAAGCCCGAGAAGAAAGAGAAGAGCAUCGACGCGAUGACCGAGGAGGAGAUGCUGGAGAUGGCCAUGCGGAACAGUCUGGGGGCAGAGGCCGCGACCCAGGGUCCGCGGGCGGAAGAUCCUGACGAACUGACUCGCAGCACAGGAGAUGUCAAAGGCAAGGGCAAGGACCCGGGCACGGACGACGUCGGCAUGGAGGAAGCGGGCGCCGGGGAAGAGCCGUCGCCCUUCGCAUCCAUCGCCAGCGAUCGCCCCCACACCGAGCCGCCGGCCGAUCCGGCCACGACCACUCGCAUCCAGUUCCGCCAUCCCUCCGGGCGGGUCAUCCGGCGGUUUGCCCUCGGCGAUCCGGUCCGCAGAAUCUACGAGUGGCUCAAGGCCGAGCCGCCCUUGCCGGAGAAGGCCGGGGUGGAAUUCGAGCUCAACGCCAUGGGUCACAACCUAUUCGACUCCUUGGAGCAGAGCGUGGCCGAUGCUGGCCUGAAGAAUGGCACAGUGAUGAUCGGUUACGUGGAGGAAUAAGGAGCCUACCUCUUCUGGCGUUUCUCCAGGACCUCGAUUUUGCAUUUGGCAAGGGCGUUGGAUCGGA